AUGUCAAUUAAACUAAACUCAGGUUAUGCAAUGCCACUAGUGGGUUUUGGCUGCUGGAAACUAACCGCCAAGGACGCCAGUGACCACAUCUACAACGCAAUUAAAAUCGGAUAUAGACUAUUCGACGGAGCGCAAGAUUACGGCAACGACGUUGAAGUCGGCAAGGGGAUACGCCGCGCCAUAUCCGACGGUUUGGUAUCACGCGAUGAGCUCUUCAUAACUUCCAAAUUGUGGAACUCAUACCAUGCACCAGCCAACGUUGAAGUUGCUUUGGAGAAAGUAUUGGCCGAUUUAGGGGUUGAGUAUUUGGACUUGUUCUUGAUUCACUUCCCCAUUGCUCAGAAAUUCGUUCCCAUUGACGAAAAGUAUCCACCGGGGUUUUAUUGUGGUGAUGGCGACAAGUUUCAUUUCGAAAACGUGCCGUUAUUGGACACGUGGAAAGCCAUGGAAAAGUUGGUGGAGCUGGGUAAAGUGCGUUCAAUCGGAGUGUCAAAUUUCAGCGGGGCUUUGAUUUAUGAUUUGUUGCGUGGAGCUACGAUUCCUCCCGCGGUGUUGCAGAUUGAACACCACCCAUAUUUGCAACAACAGAGACUAAUUGAGCUGGUUCAAUCUCGCGGGAUUGCAGUCACGGCGUAUUCUUCGUUUGGUCCGCAGUCGUUUAUUGAAUUGGAGAGCAAAAGGGCGAUUGAUACUCCCACGUUGUUUGAAAAUGAUGUCAUAACCAAGAUUGCGCAGGCGCACGGGGUGAGUCCAGCGCAGGUCUUGCUUCGUUGGGCUACUCAGCGCGACGUUGCCGUGAUCCCGAAAUCCAAUAACCCUGACCGUGCCUUGCAGAACUUGUCAAUUAAUGAUUUCAAGCUUCUGGAUCAAGAGUUGGAGGAGAUUGCAAAGUUGGAUCAAGGAUUACGAUUCAAUGACCCAUGGGAUUGGGACCACAUACCAAUCUUUAUUUAA